GCUUGCGCUGGCCCGGGGAAGAAGGCUGGGAUUUGGAGUUGAGAAAGGCUUGGAAUGGCCCAACUUGAUUGAAACUGGUCAGGGCGAGAGUUUGACGGUUUCCUGGCUGUACUACGGUUUUCCACUCGCCUAUGGCCCGGCUUGUACACCUGGUAGGGUUGCAGGGCAUGCAGAUAGGGUGGGAUGCUCUUGUUGAGUGGGAAGAAGGGAUAAGCAAGCAGCCGAGCUGGCAGCCGACGCUUUCACCAGCUCUUCGUACCGAGUCCGACACUGUUUGCCGACAUCAUCUAAGCACCGGUCACUUCCAGCCGUUUCGAGACGCUCAUUUUGGUUGCUCCAUUGCUUACCGACAGGUGGGAGCCUCAAUCUCAUCAACCUCGCCGUGUCGACAACCUCCGCCGCAACCAACCAAGUCAGAUGUCCAAGCCCAGAUACCAGGUUGACAUCAGCGGCGAGAGGAAGCUCUUGAGAGGUAAGGCGAUGAAGUUGGGAAGCCUUUCAACGCUACAGAUAUCUAGCGAGUCUGUAAACGCUUCACGCAUGAUACGGUGCCCUCGUAACCCUCAGCACAUUGACGAGGACUCCUCGUGCACGCACUAAGGCGC